AUGAAUGGACAAAGUCUUCCUCAUAAUCAGCGUGUACCCGUUCAAGUUGAAGCUAUGGAGGAACCGCUGUAUGUAAACGCAAAACAAUACCACAGAAUUUUAAAGCGAAGGCAAGCUCGCUCAAGAAUGGAAAGUGAGGGAAGAUUAGCAAAGAAUCGAAAAAAAUAUCUUCAUGAGUCUCGACAUAAGCAUGCUUGUCGCCGGCGACGAAGUAACGGUGGUAGAUUCAUAACUAAAGAAGAAUCGGAGAAAAUGGUCUCAGAUAGCGAUCUUAGUAGCGAUCAAAUAGGACAGCGAGGCGAUGAUAUGUCUAAUCCAGAUAGUAUUAACAAUAAAUCUUCACAUUCAAAUAGCGUUGGACAAGGCGAAAAUAGCAACGGCAUCGAGAAAUCGUAA